UUGCGCGACGCACGCGAAUUUUAUUGUAUUAUUUAAUUUCAAUGUCAAUUUAUUGCAAUUCCUCAAAUAUAAUUUUAAAAAAAUAAAUUUAAAUACAAGUAUUGAAUGAUGAUAGCCAUACUCUUAUCAACUGUGUUUGCCAUUUUAUCCUUCAUAUCCUGGAUAUAUCUCAAGAGGGACUGCAGUACUUAUAACAUUUCCGGACCCACACCCUUACCUCUGGUCGGCAAUGGACAUCUAUUUUUGACAAGAGCAACAGGAUUUCUACCUCUUCUACAUCGUCUACUUAAAACUUAUGGCGACGCAGUUCGGUUUCACUUCUUUCAUCAGCCAUAUGUACUUCUAUGUAAUCCUAAACAUAUAGAGCCUUUAAUGACGGAUCCAGAUUUAAUCACGAAAGGCGUCUCCUAUGAUUACCUUGUUCCCUGGUUGGGAGACGGUCUUCUUACUUCAACAGGUGCAAAAUGGCGUCUUCAUAGAAAAUUCUUAACUCCAGCAUUCCAUUUUAACAUAUUGCAAAAUUUCCUGCCGGUUUUCGUGAAGAAUCAGAAGAUAUUAGAAGACAAGUUGCAGUGCAAAUACAGCGAUGGAAAAGAGUUUGAUUUGUUUCCAGUUAUUGCACUAACCGCCCUUGAUAAUGUUACUGAGGCCGUUAUGGGAGUAUCCUAUAAUUCUCAGCAGGACGCCAGUUCCAAAUAUGUUAAAAGUAUUGAAACGUUAGCUAAACUAGUGGCAUUAAAGAUGCGAAAUCCUAUAAUGGCCCGUGACGCUAUUUUUAAUCUGACACAUUAUAAAAAGGCCCACGAUGAAGCUCUCAAUGUAUUACACAGUCAUACAAAGGAAGUAAUCAAUAUGAGACGGAAGGAAUUAGAGCAGCAAAAUAUAACCAGGCUUGCCGGUAGUUCAGAAACGGGAAUCAAAAAUAAACAUGCAUUUCUUGAUCUGUUACUUCUGUCUGAGAUUAAUGGCACAAGGAUUGAAGAUGAGCAUAUCCGUGAAGAAGUUGAUACAUUUAUGUUUGAGGGUCACGAUACUACCACAGCUGGCGUAGUAUACGCAUUGUUCUGUUUAUCAAAAGAACAAUCAAUCCAAGAAAAAAUAUUUGAAGAACAGAUAGCAAUAUUAACUGACCUUAGUAAGGAUCCAUCUUAUAUCGAUUUACAACAGAUGAAAUAUUUAGAGAUGGUUAUAAAAGAAUCCUUACGAUUGUUUCCGCCAGUGCCCCUAAUAGAAAGAUUAACAACAAAAGAUGCUGAUCUAGGUGGAUUGAAAAUUAGGAAAGGAACAGCACUGAUUGUGGAUAUUAUUCAUAUGCAAAGAAGCCCAGAUUUAUACGACGAUCCCUUGAAAUUCAGACCUGAGAGAUUUGAUUCAUCAGUUUCUAAAACUUCAAACAAUGCUUUUUCGUGGCUAGCGUUCAGUGCUGGGCAAAGAAAUUGCAUUGGUCAAAGAUUUGCCAUGAUGGAAUUAAAAGUGAUUUUGUCAGGGAUCGUGAAAAAAUUUAAAGUGCUGCCCGUUGAUAUGGAGCCUCAACUUUGCGCUGAACUUAUACUAAGAUCUGAAAAUGGUGUGAAGAUUAAGCUAUUGCCAAGAAAUUAAUUACAAAGAAAUUUAUAUGUUACUCUGUUUAAAUAAUAUGGGUAUAUUAUUAGGGUACAAUUAAAACUAAUUUUACAAUUUG